AUGUUUGUAAACCGGAAGGACAAUUUUGCUUUCUUGACAUUCGAAAAUGCCUUCAAGUGCAAUGCAGACAGUGCGAUUGAUACUAUCAGUGAGUUAAAGGAAUGGUUCUUCAAAUAUAGACACUUAUUGAGUCAACGUGCUAUGAAUGAUUUGCUGCGUAUAUUACGAAUUACAUUUCCAGAACUGUGUCUCAAUUCGCGUUCUUUCUUAAAGACUCCUAGUUUCUGCCCGUAUGACAUUAUAAGCGUUUCUCCAGGUUUGUACUACCACAUCGGUAUCGAAGCUGGAUUGAGAAAUAAAAUCAACGAGAUAAAGCAAAAUACGUUUCUGGAAAGUGAUAAUGAAGUAGUAUUACCUGUCAAUAUAAACAUAGAUGGGAUACCGAUUUCCAACAGCUCAAGGAGUCAACUGUGGCCAAUUUUAGUUGCAAUUGAUGUAGCAACAUUUGACACAAACGCAAGAAAGCCAUUUGCGGCAGGCAUUUACCAUGGGAAUACGAAACCAGCUAGUGCUGAUGAAUUUUUAAAGAAGUUCAUAGAGGAAUUCCUUUAUCUUCAAGAAAAUGGCUUCAAAAUCAAGAACAAAGUAGUUAAAAUAAAAGUUAACAAGAUUCUUUGUGACGCGUCGGCAAAAUUAUUUGUAUUAAGCAUAAAAGGACAUAAUGGACACUUCAGUUGCACAAAGUGCGUUCAAGAGGGUACAUUCAUAAACCGAAGAAUGGCUUUUUUGGAAGAAGAUUGUGAAUUGCGAACCGAUGAAAGCUUUAAACUCCAAGUAGACGAAAAAUUUCAUAAAGGAACAAGUCCUUUCACAAAGCUUGAUGUCGGUUUAGUAUCGUAA